CCAAAACUCACUCUUCCCUCCAGCUCUCUCUCCCUACUCUGUCUCUAUCUACCUAGCCCUCAAGUGGAAGAUCAUGGGUUUCCAGCAGGGAGAAAUGAAUUGACUCAAGCAAGCUUCCCAAGUCAGGUGCCGGCAGGCUAGGGCAGCCUCUGAAGCUUCUUCCUCCCUUGCCCACAAGUGCGAACCCCCCUGGUUCCGUCUCUGGGAUCCCACCCCCGCCCCACCAGUCCUAUUUCCCCGGGACAGGCUGCCCCUGCUGUUGAUGUCAUUCGGAGAACUCCAGCUCCCUUUGCAGCCCCUGCCUUCGCCUGACGCUGUUCAGGGAUCUUGCAAGCCCCCUCCCGCU